AUGGCAUCAGAACUUCAAUUGCCACCAGGCUUCCGAUUCCAUCCAACGGAUGAGGAGCUCGUCAUGCACUAUCUCUGCCGUAAAUGCACGUCGCAACCUAUCUCCGUGCCGAUCAUCGCCGAAAUUGAUCUAUAUAAGUACGAUCCUUGGGAACUUCCUGGCUUGGCUUCUUAUGGAGAAAAGGAGUGGUACUUUUUCUCGCCACGAGACAGGAAAUAUCCGAACGGUUCAAGGCCGAACCGGGCGGCUGGGUCUGGAUAUUGGAAGGCAACCGGGGCGGAUAAACCCAUAGGUAACCCGAAACCGGUUGGAAUAAAAAAAGCCUUGGUUUUUUACGCGGGGAAAGCACCUAAAGGUGAUAAAACCAAUUGGAUCAUGCACGAGUAUCGCUUGGCUGACGUAGAUCGCUCCAUUCGCAAAAAGAACAGUUUAAGGUUGGAUGAUUGGGUGCUUUGCCGUAUUUACAACAAGAAAGGAACUAUCGAGAAACAACCAAACGGUGUUGUUAGCCGGAAAACUGAACAGUCAGAAGUUGAAGACAAGAAGCCGGAUAUUCUGACACGUGGUGGAGGUCUUCCACCGCAUCCUCCCCCGGCGGGAAUGAGGGAUUAUAUGUAUUUUGAUACUUCGGAUUCAAUCCCGAAGCUGCACACGGAUUCGAGUUGCUCGGAGCACGUGGUAUCGCCGGAGUUUGCAAGCGAGGUGCAAAGCGAACCUAAGUGGAACGACUGGGAAAAGAGCCUUGAAUUUCCUUAUAAUUACGUGGAUGCCACUCUGAAUGCCGGUUUUGGAUCUCAUUUCCCGGGUAAUAAUCAGAUGUCGCCGUUGCAGGAUAUGUUCAUGUACUUGCCAAAAACCUUUUGA